GCGCCGGCUUCCGGGGCGGGCGCGGGCGCGGGCGCGUGGCAUGGUGGGAGCCGUCGCUUAGGCCACCGGGGUAAACAGGGCGGCAUGAGCGGGGCUCGCGGGCCGCGGCUGGUGGUGGUGGCGGCGGGCCCCGGCCCCGGCCCCGGCCCCGGCCCCGGCCCCGGCCCCGGCCCCGGCCCCGGCCCCGCUGCGGUGGACGGGCUCCUGCGGCGCCUCCGCGACAGUGAAACCAAAAGGCUGGAAUUAGAAAGAGAACUGAUUGACUACAGAAAAUCUGAUGCAUAUGCAGCGAAACUAAAGUACAUGAAGCUGAAAAAGUACUUGAAAGAAAUAGAUGAACGGCAAAAAAAGGCUCUUCUGCGAAACCAGACAUUUUUAAAGGAAUUUAACCAAUUUGAAGCUCGUAUGAAAACUUCAAGUUCAGAGAUAAUUCAGAAGAUGGAAGUGCAGUAUGGAAGAGAAAUUAAAAGUGCGUUAUCACUUCAAGGGAGUGGCUUGCCAGCACAAGGUGAUGAAGGAGGAGAAUGCAGUAAGCAGAUACCGCUGGGUGCAAGACAGGCAGGAAUUAACACUGGGACAGCCACGUCAAGAGGAUUGUAUCAUCCAGCAGUAAUCUUUAUGGGCCACCAAAUGUCAGCCAUCUCAAGCACUGAAGAUUUCAGUACACAGCAGAAAUCUUUCCAGCCCACAAAGAGCUUUUCAGUUUCCGACCCACAUUCAUGCAGACAGGCAGCACAGAGCAGUAAUUUGACAGACAGCUGUGUAGUACAAACUAGUAGUGAUAUGCAGUGCUUAAAUAAGUCUGACAAAAUAGAUGUGGAGACAGAUCUCCAGAUGGAUGAGAAAAUGCCAGUCACAUCCAGUAUAUCAUCUGAGAAUGGAAGAACUUGCUGCUUAGCAAUAGAAAGCAAUACAAAUAACAGCCAAAUUAAUUUAGCAGAAAGUGAAAAAUCUGCUAAGCUCAACCUUCCGUCCCAUGAAAGAUUAGGUUCGGAGAACAGAACCACUGAUUUAAAAAGUGACAGUUCUAGCAGAUCAGUAAAGGAAGUAGUGACAUCUGAGCACUUCGUAGCAAAUGAAGAAAGACCUAAACAGCCAAUAUCCUUGGUGUUUACUCCUGAACCAGUUGUUUCUGAGAAAGAACAUCUACAAGAAAGUUUACCAGAACCAGAACAUCACAUCAAUAAUUGUACUUCUAAACAAACAAGUUUAGAUAGCAGCAGUGACCUCACAGUUUCUGUGACUGAAGAGGAUGAGAUUUUAAAUGCCACUGAACCACAGCAGAGUCUAGAAGACAUGUAUAGUGAGAUGGCCUUAAAAGCAGUAAAUUCAGAACAAGAAAGAGAUGCCCAUUCCGUAGAAUGCUUUUCUUUGCAAUCAUCAAAUCUUCGUACGGCAGAGGAAGAGCCCUCAGUUAGCUCAGCACCAGAAGGGGAUUGUUUGACAUUUGAAGGAUUCUCUCGUUUACUGCAGUUCGUAGAAGAUUUGGUCGAGAUAGCAAGCCCCAAAUGCUUGGCACUAUACCAGAGAGGAAGCACGAGUGCCGCAAAGAUGAAACAGCUAAUAAGCUUUUGUAAUCAGACUGGCAGUUUGAAAGAAGAAGACCUUGAAGCAUGUGAAGCAGUUGUCCUUCAUCAGCUUCAGGGUUUAUUACAGAGCAUACUGAAUGGAUGCCUCUUACCUGAGAAAACACUCGAUGUUAAAGGUAGAACUAUGGGAGAAAAGCAAAUCAGGUCAGACCAGCAAUUGGAUCUUGCCAUGUUAUGGGCUUGUUUGAGCAAACAUGCAUUGUUCUUGAAAAAGCACCAUGUUUUGCUCACAGACGAAGUAGCAAAGAUGUUCGACACCUUGCUGAUUUCAGAAAAAAAUGUGCAAGGUGCUCAGGCUCUACUGUUGUUGAGAGAGGUCCUUCCAGAAGAGUGUGAAGAUAGGUCAUCUGUUCAGAGUAAUGAAUCAUCUUACAGCUUGCCAUCAAUUCUAAACGACAGCGGUGAAAUAAAGCAGGCAAAACAUGCUCACUGGCUUGACAGCUUUGGUACAAGGGAACAAGAAGUCACAAGCUGGUGUGAAGAUGAGAGCAAGGAAGAAAUCGUGGUAGAAAAGAUUCCUAUUACAGAUGCUGUGGUAUCCUGCAGCAGAAACUUGAACUUUAGGGAACGCCCCUUGUGCAAGGGAUGAGAUUUUUGGAAAGAGAAGAAAGUGCAAUAGACUGAAGAUGGCAGAGCAACAAGGGUCACAUCUGAGGAGGCAGACUGAAAGGAGAAAGAGAAGAGACUGUAGCUGCUGGAGCACACACCUUUCUGCCGUCUGGAGCAGAACCCAGUGUUCUCCCGUUUCACUGUUUCUCCACUUCAGACUACAAAAUGCUCUCAUUCCUCUCCCGGGAGAGCAGGACCUACUACUUCUAUUGCUUGCUUAAGAGAUCCAUUACUUGAGCAAAACUGAAAUCUUUGACUUAUGAAAUGUAUGGGCUGUACAUGAGCUCUAUGAUUAAUAUAGUGCUAUUUCUGUUUACCCAGUCUGUAUUUUAAAAAGCAGCAGCCUUCAAAAUAUUCACACCUUUUCUACUUACAGACAUGUUGAGUCAAACACUUGGAGAAUGUUUGUAGAAACAGAGUUUGGUGUCUGACUAUUUAUUCCCUGUGACUAAUUGCAGUCAAGGUUUUUAUGUGUAAUAGAUACAGAUGUUUUUGAUGUUUAGAAAGUGUGGGGGUUUUUUAUAUCUCUGAGAAAGAUAAUAUACUUAAUGACUUAAAUGUUGCAAGUAUGAGGACAAGAGUUUUCUUAUUUUCUGCAAAUGAAAAGAUAUCACAUCACUUUUUGUCACUGAGUUGUUUGACUAUAAAUUAAUAGACACUGGAACCUAGGCCACAGAGAACACAUGGAGAAUAUAUCCUCUUUCCAGUUUUGCACUGGUACAGUAUGUUCUGAGUCAAAGAUCAUUUUAAUUGUUCACCAGAACAAAAUAAUAGUGAUUCAUUUUGUAGUGGUCAGUGUUUUUUCCCUGGAAUUGGUGGUUAAUGAAGAAAACUACACCCAUUUUGUUCAGACCAAAAUUGUUAAAGCUGAUGUGAAAGCUGCUUUGACCCAUGCAGACUUCACAAUGAAUUAAAAGUUGAUAAGUGUGGAGUGUUUUUAAUUAAUACUGGUAUAUCAGAUCCUCUGCUAAUUCUAAGUGGAGGGAACAAUACAUUGGAAAAAAUGUGAGAGGAGAGCUGUGUGUUAUCUGUGACAAAAGUUUCCAUCCUGCUGUAAUAGUGCUUGAACAAUCAGAUUAAAAACUUUUAUUAACCCAAUUCGAAUUUAAAAAUUGAGUUUUAUCAAGCUUUUUUUAGUUGUCUAUGCAGUGUAUGUUGGCCAUUCAGACUAAGUUAGUGCUCGUGUAAAAUACUAUAUUUUUAAAUGUGGAGCUGGGAAGUUCCAAAAUGGUCUUUUUUGAAACUGGCUAAAAGAAAUCUUUUAAGCUGUUCUUUUUCCAAAGAACUUGAGAUUCUCUGAUUGUAUGCACGCUAUGAGCCAAAUAUUUGAGAUACAUUUUCAUAUAAACCUGCAUGUUUGUUAACAAGCUAUUAGAAUUUGUAGGGAAAUACUACCUAAUAGCAUGAAUAUGUUUUUGAACAUUCAGAUGAAGGCUGGGUAGUUGACUUAAGCUAAAAUGUGAUCACCUAGACCUUCCAGUAUAGAGCAGAGCAGCAUCAGAAUAGCUUCAAAAUUAUGGGCCUAAAUUGCUCCUAGGAUGUCUAACGAAAACAGGGCAUGAUGAUGUCAUGAGGACAAGGGAUGACUGGUUUCAGGUUGCUGGGAUGUAAGGUCAGGAUUUUCAGAAGACACGUUCGCAUUUCUCUCACCUUUCUCUUUUCCCAGAAUUAAUGACCGAUAUAUCACUAGAGUGCUGCCACCCCUUUAAAAAAGAAAAAAAAAAUGCUUAAAAGAGAGGGCAUCAAAAUAAAUUUCAUUUCUCAUCUCUAAUUCAUUUCAACUGCUAACUAGUGCCAAAAAGCAAACCUUUCAUCAGUGAGCUUAGCCUAAAUCCAGGGGACUUUGCUGAUAUGCCUGACUUUGGUGUUAGGCUCUGUGCAGAGGCAACUGUUGCAGGGCCUUAGAAGAUAAAUUGUACUGUCAACACAGAAACUCAAAGCAGCAGCAGUAGCUUUCUGAGCUCAGACUGGAAGGGAGAGGUGCUUGUAGUGAGUUUAUGCAUGGCUAAGGAGGUACGAGACAACAGCCAAACUGCUGUUCUCAAGCAGAGCUGUCACAGAGAAUUCUUCUCUGUCCCUUAGCUUCAGCUUUUGAACCUGACUGUGUUGUGCUUGGAUUAUUUCUAUGGAGCUGACAAUUGCUUUAACCUGGUGUUUCAGUUUGCGCAUUGUUGUGCUCUAACCUAAUCUUCUCUUCACCUCUUCUCCACUCACUAUCUCUUUUGCCAAGCUAUAUCAUUUUCUAUCCUGUACUCAGGAGAAAAUGUUUGUGUUUCAGUACAGUAUAUGUUCUUACUCUCCCAAGACUGGGAAAGUAAGUAUGCACUUGGUUUUUAUACUACAAUGAGUUAAAUUUUUUUUCUACUGCCUCCUUCCCUCCACCCCCACCCCAGCAAAAAAAAAAAAAAAAGACAAAAAGCUGCCUUUUUGAACUUAGCAGUAGUUUACCUGUGGACUUAAAUGUGAUCCGUUGUAUGAAGGAAAAUAUUUUGAUUUACCGAACAGUUCUAUGGGACAAUAUAUCUCUGGCUGAAAUGAAGAACAGUACUUGAGUAUUCUCUCUCCUAAUACUGUAUUUAUUGAAUCUUCUAUUUUUUGCCCUGUAUGUGGUACCAAUUGCUUGUGUUUUAUCACAAUGGUGAAGUAUUGCAGUACAACAAAAUUGGGUUAUUUUUGUUGCAAGUACUAUGUGGAUGUAAUUAAGACUGUUCUUUCCCACUAACUGAUAGUAUGGAUGUAUUGUUAGAGGAGUGUGGGCUCAACAAGUGAGAGGGGUAAAAUGAGGUAAGAGCAAGAUGAUUGUUCAGCAUACAAAGAAGCAAGUCACUGCACAUUAAGUACUUACCCGUUGUCAAAUGUUUCAUAGCCAUCACAGCCCAGAUGAAUUGUCAAGGAAGAUUUUAAAGCAAGGUAAGCUGGUGGAUUUAAGAGUUCUUAGAAGGAUCUCCCAUUUAUGUAGAGUAUGGAGUAUGUAUGUACAAAGAUGCUUGAGGGGAAAUGAUUGGACUAAUUGGUAAGGAAGUCUGGUAUAACUAAGGCAGAAGUGGGGAUUGAUAGUCCAGUAUUGUAUUAUAAUUGACAGGUAGGGCAAAGCUGGGCUGUGAAGGGUCUUAAAGGUGAAGAACAAGUAGUUUCUGUUACUGUUUGGUGGAAGGAAGAGGACCCAGUAAAGGCACAAAAAGCAUGGGUGAAUGGUCUUUUGAGGCUGGCUUGUGUGCAAAAGCAGUAAGAAAAGCUGCAAGACAAUAGUGGCCUGGCUUGAGUUAUAGUUGCUCUGGCAGAGAAUUGGAUUUCUGAAGUGCCAGCUGAAAGGUGUGGCUGGUAUGUUUGGACCAACGAUGGGCUCCAUGUUACUGCCCCGAAUGGCAGGAAGAGUAGUCAGUGAUAAUGGAGAAAAUUUGGAAUAGGACUAAUGGGGAAGGUUUGAACAGGAAGAGAAUAAGGAUUCAUUUUUGACCCCAUGGAAUUCUCCUCAAGGAGAUCAGUGAGGAAGAAAGACAACUAGGAGGAAAAUACAUCCCAGUGGAGAAGCAUGUUUGAGUUACUUGUGCACACGUGGCAUUUGCUUGAGUUUGUAGAUUACACUUCAGUUGCAAAGGUCAUAAUAAAAUGAGCUACAGUUGGGCAUUCUGUGGGAAUGCCUCCUAUCAGAAGAAGAAACAAGCAAAGCACUAGUCAAAUGAGAUUUGGAGGGACCAAGACAGCUAGCAGAGGAUUUCUUUUCCUCCUUCCUUUAGGAGAAGGAAAAAGGUGGGGGGAGGAUAGAGGAUAGGGAGAGGUCUUAUCUCUCCUGGAGAGAGAUAAAUAUUACAGAUGUGUUGCAUAUCUGUCUUUUCCAUAGCAUUAAAACUGCUUUCAAACAUACCUAGAUACUCAUCUUUCUUGUGGAGAGAACUAAGCUAGCCUUAGCAAAAAGAUGUUAUCUAAAGCAAGCUAAAUGCAGGGUCCCUAUUCAGGGUGCUGUUCCAAGGCUUUGCCUGAAAUGGAAGCCUUUGAAAAGCACAUGUAAGACUCAGCUACGUAACAGGUUCUAACACCCUCUGAAAUUGUUAUUUUCUCUGGAAACUUUUCUACCUGUUAUAGCUGGAAAGGAGAAAAAAUUUUUCAGUUCAUUAACAGAAUGUAACUAAGUGGGUAUGCCCCUAUGCAUUUGCAGGACCUGAAAGUGGGACAGUUGAUUAGACUGGUCUGUCUUGUUUGGAUGACAUUUGCUUCACAUCCUCUGACCUGAGAAGGAGGCCACAAACAUGUCACAACCACAUGGGUGGAACGGGGAGCUAAGUUUGGGGAGCACGCGUAACUGUAUUUUGAAUUUCUGUACUGUCUACUGCCAGUGGUGUUUUGUUAGCUAGGCAGAACUCACUCUCUGCAACACCUUCUUGAGGUGAAGAAGGAUGCCUUCUCAAAAUAAAACACUGCUCUUUACCAAGACGAGAAGUAAGCAUAUAACCUCUGCUGCAUUGUGCAACAUUCUUCGAAACAGCACCUUAGGAGCCCUGAAAAAUACACUUAUGUUACGUGUUUUAAAGUUGGAGUGGAGAUCUCUUAAUACAAAAGUAGCCCUUUGGAGUUCUGACUUGAUUAGGUUGAAUUAACCUUUAUUUACUUUCCCAUUCGAAGUAUCGUACAAGUAAGUAUGAAUGUAAUUCUCUUUCAUGGUCACUGAUUUUCCCCAAGUAUGCCUGUAUCAUUCAGUCUGCAAGUCUGAGCUAAUUUCAGUCUUGCAUUCAGGAAGUCCUCCUUUGAUCUCCUGCAGGUCAUUGCUUCUUUGCAUGUGUACGUCACAGGAAAGUUUUCUGUGGCUUUUCUUGGGUUUUGUCAUUCUUUUGAAAGCGGUUGGAUUGUUCCACAAAGUGGCAUGCUGCUGCCACUGGAAAACCUGUGCUCUAACUCUUCCCAUCUUCCAUGUAAUUUUUUUUUGACAUUUUUUUGGAAGUGCCUGACAUACCAAGGAGAACUUGUGCAUCUGAAAUGUAAGAAGAGAAUGGUGUAUAUCUGCUGAGAUUAAUUUGUGAAGUACACAUUGAGUUAUAAAGUAGAAAUGUCCAAGAUAUAUAAAAAUACUGAAUUGCUCUGGGUUGGAAUGAAUUUGGUAGAAAUUAGGGCUUGUUUAUAAUUUCAUUCCUAUCUAAAGCUUUGCUUAUGCUUUUCUUAUUCUAAUCUGCAGUGCAAACUAGCCUUUAAAAGUGGAUGCAUUUGUACUUGAAAACCAUGUUCUCUUUGGAAAUUAGUACAAAGAUGAGCAAUUUUACAACUCCAGUGAAUGAGGUUUUUUUAAAUCAAUCUGUACAGAAGUGAGAUACCUGGGGGGUGGGAGCAAAGCCCAGAUAAAAGAUUUUGAAAUAUUUGGGUUUUUUGGCUGUUAAGUCAUAAAAAUCCUAAUAUAUGCGUGUUUCAAAUGCAGCUCAGUUUGUAAGGGAAUAGUUGAAAAUAAUAUUGAUGUAUCAAAUAAUAUUGAAGUAUAAGUGUCUAAAAAUAAGCUAAAUUUAAGGGGAAGGAGAACAAAAGUUUUGUUUCUCGAUUAACAAAAGUAAAGGGAACAUGGGGAUAAAAAAAUACAGAAAUCAAUCAAGUUUUGCUUAAAGUUGAUAUGUGAUGCAAUACAACUGUUAACACAACCUCAGUGUUUGCUCUUUUUGCUAAAAUGAGGUAAAACAAAAAAAUUUUGCUAUUCAGAAGACAUUAUCAGGUUACUCUAAAUGAUUUCAAGAGAGUCUUGU